AUGCGAAUUGGUCUGUUUAAAAAAUGCUGGAAACUUUCUAAAUUAAUAAACUUUCAGAACGAAAUCACAAAAUCUGAGUCAAGGCUGAGUCCGCAACAAUUGUUUCUCCGCAAAAAAGCGCAUAUAUGCAAAUAUCUGGCGAAAAAUCUAUUGGAUGUGAAGUUUAGCGAUGUGAAUCUCGACGAAAAUGGAAUCAGCGUGCGUGAAGAUGCACUAAAGAAGGUGAAGGAAGAUGUUGAGAAGGCAUUCACAGUAUUGUCACAACUGUUUUCGUAUUCACGAAGUGAUGAGUGCUUGCGAGAUGCAAGUGAUGAUCUGGUGCCGAAUGUGUUGACGGCCGAAGGGACGAUAUCUGAGAAGGCGAUUUUGGCAGUUCUCGAAAAGGUCAUCGAAAUGAGACAUCUGAGUGGAAGUGCGCUGAUCAGUGAAUGUUUCCCGUCGUUACUGAUUUAUUUGAUAGCAUCCAAAUGCGAUUCAUCCGAUUUGACAAGG